CAUGUUAUCUCCGAUACACAGCAGCAAAAUAUUGAUAGCUAUCCCCGGUUUCCAUUGGUAAAAGAGCACCCUAUGAAUGCCCCAGAUUUAAAUGACACUGAACAAUCACUUCUUGACUUUCUUUUUGUGGAUGAAGAUGAGAUAUCUCAUAUUGAACAAAUUACAAAAAACCAGGCAGAAUGUGAUGAAUGGAAAAGACAAAGAAAGUACCGCUUUACAGCCUCCUCCUUCGAUUUGAUAAGGAGACGUGAAAGGAACCAUGACACUUUUGCUAAGAACAUUAUACAUCCCCCAGCACUGACCAACAAGUACGUUGAACAUGGAAAAAAGUUUGAGCCAGUAGCCCUGAUGGAAUAUCAGACAUUAAUGAAAUUAAAGAAAAUGCCUGUCACUGUUAUUCCUUCAGGAUUUGUUGUAUCAAAAUCACAUCCUGUUCUUGGUGCCUCUCCUGAUGGAAAAAUUGUUGACACUGGAUGUUCUGACUGUUUUGGGCUGGCUGAGGUGAAAUGUCCUUGGACUAAAGCAAGUGUGACACCUUUAGAUGCCUGUUCGGAUCCGAAAUUUUUCAUGGAGAAAACUGGUGAGAACAUUUGCAAACUUAAAACAAAUCAUGCGUACUAUGCACAGGUACAAGGGCAGAUGGGAAUAACUGGAGCCCAAUGGUGUGACUUUAUUGUCUACACGAAGAAGGGUAUUUACAUUCAGAGAGUGCCUUUUGAUGUAGAAUUCUGGGAAAAACUUAGAGAUGAACUGACUGCAUACUAUUUUCAACAUUUCAUCAAGUAUGCAGCUGAAGAUUUUAACUCCAGGACAACUACUGAAGCUGGCAAACAAGACUAGUUAUGUGGGUUUUAUAGUAUAUGAUGUCUUUUUAUUAUUAAAUUCCAACAUUCUUAUAAAUGUCUUUACUAAUAAAUAGUUCAAAAUAGUUUUUUUUUAAUGUAAAAAUAAACUUGAACAAGAUUAUAGAUAUCUAAUAGACAGCCUURCAGCCCAUCAGAAUGCAGCUGAAUUUGGGAGGGCAAAACAAUAGGUUCCAAUUCGCAGGAGAUUGAAACCUUUUUGUUUUGCCCU